CUUAAGCCUGCAGACAGAUUUUUAGAAGUUGUCCUGUCUAUCAGAAGCAUGGCUGCCCUUCCGUACGCCAAUCUUCUAUCCGUCGUGCUCCUUGUCGUGGCGGCCGUUCCGCCGUGCCUUCAGCAGUCGUCUCACGACGUUCCUCUUGCCAGCAUUCAAGCGGGAGAAGACAUCCCGAAGACAGACUCCCUCGGUAAAGAUGGCGACGCGAAACAAGCCUUCGAUGUCUACCACGAUUAUCUUGUCAUCGGCGCUGGACCGUCGGGGUUACAAAUGGGGUUCUACCUCGAGCGCGCCGGGCGCGACUACCUGAUCCUGGAGCGCGGGGACGGCGCGGGAACGUUCUACAAGACGUACCCACGCCACCGCAAGCUCAUCAGCAUCAACAAGCGAAACACGGGGAAGACCAACAAGGAGUUCAACAUGCGCCACGACUGGAACUCUCUUCUCAGCGACGACGAUAGUUUACAGAUACGGCACUACUCCAAAGAGUUCUUUCCCCAGGCCGAUAUCUUGGUACAGUAUCUGCACGACUACGCGACAAAGUUGAAGCUGAAAGUGCAGUACAGCACGGAUGUGAAGGGUGUUUCCAGGGUGGCCAACCACACCGCCAUCUCUAACCAUCUCUUCAUACUACGGGACCAAAACAACCGCACAUACGCUUGCCAGACCCUGAUAGUCGCCACAGGUGUCUGGGUUCCCAACGUUCCUGACAUCAAGGGUCUGGAACACACCGUCGGGUACGAGGACAUGUCCCUGGAUCCUGACGACUAUGAGGGUAAGACCGUGCUGAUCCUCGGGCGCGGGAACUCGGCGUUCGAGACGGCAGACCACAUCAUGCACGCCACCAACCUGAUCCACAUGUUCGCCCGCAGUCGAGUCAGGCUGUCCUGGGCAACGCACUACGUCGGAGACUUGAGGGCUAUCAACAAUGGACUGCUUGACACGUACCAGCUGAAGUCCUUAGAUGCAGUAUUGGAGGCGAACGUGGAGAAACUGAAGAUCCUAAACGUGAGCGGAAAACUCUACCUGGAUGUGUACGAUGACGAUGAAGACAUUCCAGAGGAAGAAGAAACCGAGAGAGAUCCUAACAUGCCUCCCAAGAUGCCCGUGGACAACUUCGCUGUCCGUGAUCCCUACGAUGUCAUCAUACGCGCGCUGGGCUUCAAGUUCGACAACAGCAUUUUUGAUGAAUCCACUGCUGUUGAGAUGGGGCGUAACAGGAAGAGCAAGUACCCCACCAUCAAGCAUAACUACGAGUCCAGCACCGUUCCCGGCAUGUUCUUCGCUGGCACCUGUACUCACUCCCUAGACUUCCGCAAGUCAGCAGGGGGCUUCAUCCACGGAUUCAGAUACACAGCUCGUGCGAUGUCCCACCUGCUGGAGUGGCGUAACCACGGUGUUCCCUGGCCCUCCGUCAGCCUGCCCACCACACAGCUACUCAGCACCAUUGUCAAACGGCUCAACGAGGGAUCAGGCUUCUACCAGAUGUUCAGUGUACUGGGCGACAUCAUCAUUCUCAAAAAUGGUGGAACAUCUUUUGCGUACCUGGAAGAAUUCCCUAUCCGCCUGCUGCCUGCCCUCCCUAAGGUUGCAGGACAUGACGGGGAACAGUUUAUAGUGGUGGCACUGGAGUAUGGCAAGAACUUUUCAGGCCCUGGAAAGGACAUAUUCCGGUCAGACCGAGCUACUGGAGAGGCCAGCGAUGCCCACAACUCCAACUUCCUCCACCCUGUCUUCUACCACUACAACAAACUACCUACUGAAGCGGACAUGUUGGCCCGGCCGGAGAAAUGGAUCCUACCCCGUCCUAACCACCUGCACCACACCGUGGAGGACUUUCUCACCAGCUUCACUGCUCCAAAGAGCCACAUCCUGCCUAUCAGGCGCUUCCUGGAGACUAGUCUGGACACAGACCUCAGGAACUUCUUUGCCGAGUCUUGCUUCAAGAUGGCGCUGAAGUACCGCAGCGUGCCACAGGAGUGUGAGGAACACUACCUGCAGGGUCAGGGUCUCAUGCCGACAGCCAACCUGUAUGAACAGGCUGUCAAGUCUGGGCUGCUCAUGUAGGGACCAGGCUUUCAACAGUGUACUGUAAACCUAGACUAAGUGAUGCAUACCGGUUCACUGGA